UAGACCGAAACUGCAUUGUCCUUUCCAACAAAAGCAUUCCACACCGCAGGUAGACUUCGUUAUAAGUUGAUUUCUAGCGUUCAGAUACCAGUCAGAAUUGCAUAAGUUGCGAAGAAAAUGUUGCUUGUUGUAAAUUGUGGAUUUCCUUAGUUUACCCGUCAUUCCUCAAGUUGUUAUGACACACCAAAGCGUGGGCGAGCGACUUCCUCCCUCGAAACCACCGCGUACCGUUUGAGGAGUUACUUCCGGGUUUGUUUCGUGGAUGUUCUCGGUGUAAAGGGCUUACAUCGUCGCGUCUUUGACAAAGAUUUAACACUCUCGAUGCCGUCUACAAGUCAAUUACGUGGUUAUAUAGACAUCAUAGGCUACCUAGUGGUUUUCAUCAUGGCUACGAAUGCCUCAACCGGAGUGCGUGCAAAUGCAACAUGCGGAAGAGAACUUGGAAUGAAAAAUGGUGACAUAAGGAACGAGCAGAUAAGUGCUUCAACAACGUUCACGUCGACCCUCGGACCAUGGAAACCAUCUUAUGCAAGAAUAGGCAAUCAGUACGCCUGGUAUCCCUCUUCAUACGACACAAAUCAAUGGCUUCAGGUUGAUCUUAGACAGCAGAUUGCGAUUAGCGGGGUACAAACACAAGGACACCACCAUUCGGGUGAUUCCUACUACGUCAAGUCAUUCAAGUUGAAUUACAGAGUUGACACCGGGUUCCGCUGGCAAGAGGCUUUUCAAGGAAAGAUAUUUGAAGGGAGCAGGGCUGCGGAUCAGAUAAAGGUCAACACCUUCACGACGCCCAUUGUUGCAUCAGCCAUCAGAUUCCUCCCGCAGACGUGGCACACCGGGAUUGCUCUGAGAGUGGAACUACUUGGAUGCGACUUGUCAGACAUAACCUGUGGCGAGCCUCCUUCAAUCUCACACGCCGUGGUUAUUACUAACCAUUCUGGGUACUCCUACGGAGAAUGGAGAACAUACGAAUGUGCUGCUGGCUUUACUUCGCCCCUCUCAAAGUACGAUUUACUCUGUAGUAUCAACGGAAGCUGGUACUGGACCAAUGGCGCCCCAGACUGUACCAAAAUCCCAACUACAAGGUCACCUACAAUAUCACCUGUAACCACGGUAUCAGCUGUCACGAGUAGUACAGAGUCGACGGGCAACAGUUCAGCAGUUUCUUCCAGUACUAUUCCCAUAGCUGCUGGCGCUGCAGGGGGUCUACUCCUUCUUAUUUUCAUCAUUGUAACAGCCAUUGUGUGCAGGUAAGUAAUGUCUGAACUUUCCUGUUUUGCCUACAUGUAAGGAUUCGUUUUGGUUGAUUCGAUUUCGGUUUGGUAGCAGGCCACGAUGUAAUCGGGAAGUUUAAGCUGAUUUAUGUUUUAAUUCUAUCAUUUAGAAAGAAACGUCGAGGUAGAUCGGAUACCGUCAAAUUGGAGGAUCUGCAGAGCCCUUCAGUUCGCACGGAGGAACGUGCGGAAGAAGUCGACUUCGUGCGCAACGAUCUGUACGAGUCGGCUGACAACACAGGAGCGACAGAGCCUCGCAUGGGGGAGCACCCAGAGCAAUACAGUUUCGUACGCAAUGAUUUGUAUGAGUCGGUUGACAGGACAAGUGAGGAUUCAACAAACGUCACGCUCCUACCGACCAACGAGGGAGCUGCAGCUCUUUAUACAGCCGUCAAUAAGAAAUCUCGGGGUGCUGAUGACGCAGGCAUGGUCGAUAACAUCAUUUACGAAUGAAACAUGGUCUUAAACUGAAUCUUAACUGUCUGGACACGCUUGUUGCAUUGGUUAGCUAUGUGGAAUAUAGUUAUAUAACGUUACAUGUCUGUUUAUGUUUCAUAUUGAUGAUCAUUUCGUUAAGAUGAUUCAAAAAUCCCAAAACACUAGCUAGCAUAGCUUAAGCAAUAAAGAUAGCAAUGCAAUAUUUUUAAUAAACGUAACAAAUACCAUUUUAUGCAAUCAAAAAUGUUCAGUGACACGUUGUUUUUUAUAAUUUCUCAAUGAAAUAUAGUUUUUGUAUGUAUACCCUUAUAAUGGUGACGCAAUUGCGUGAUGAUAUCGACGAAGCCUAUACAAUAUACUUUUAAGUCUA